CUCUUUAGUGAUGCUUUAAUUUAUUAACAUUAAAGAAAGUCACUUCAAAAAUCCGACAUAUCCCUUUAAAUUUUAGGGAAUCCAGGAAAAUCAGACGUCUGGAGGAAGCUUUUAUUUUGAAAGCACGUACCGGAACCGGUGUGUCCAUAUAUUCCUGUGCUUCGCAGCAGUAGCAGGUAAAGCUGGGGGCUGCGGUGGUAAACAAACAGGUAGAGCAGCCUUCCCGUCCCGCGGAUCUGUGCUCUCGGCACCGCUUGACUUUCAGAAAACUUGACCUUCUUCACGGACCACCUCUGGGUUCGAACCAGAUCUAAAAUCUCCGACUCCGGCUUUUAAAAGCCCAAGGCUCGUCCCCUCCCUCGCCCUCCCCACCUCCCUGCCCUUUGAGUCGGCUUAUGUGACACUUUAACGUCCCCGCGGCGAGACGAGCGAAACAUGACGGAGCUGAGGAAGCGAGGCGGGGGCGGAGGAGACCCUGACACCGCCGAGAACAUCAGCGACAAGGAAGCCGAAAGCGACGACAGGCUGGGCCUGCCAGGCGACGCUGAGGGAGAAUGUGACGUUGACUCCAAAACAGACACUCCAGAUGCUCCUGUCUCCACAGCAGACUCGGACAACACUCUAGAAUACCUGAACAAAGCUCUGGAGGGGCUUCCGCCCAGAUGGAAGAACUACUGGAUACGAGGACUUUUGUCCAUUUGCAUGAUUUCGGGCUUCUUCCUCAUCAUCUAUAUGGGACCUAUCACUCUUAUCUUUGUGGUCAUGUGUGUGCAAAUAAAGUGUUUCCAUGAAAUUAUCACCAUUGGCUACAGAGUUUAUCAUUCCUAUGAGCUGCCUUGGUUCCGGACCCUAAGCUGGUACUUCCUGAUUUGUGUCAACUACUUCUUCUAUGGUGAAACAGUUGCAGAUUCCUUUGGAGCUUUGGUGCGGAGGGAGGAACCUCUGCAGUUCCUGGCUCGUUAUCACCGCUUCAUUUCCUUCACUUUGUAUCUCGCAGGUUUCUGCAUGUUUGUGCUGAGUUUAGUGAAGAAACAUUACCGCCUGCAAUUUUACAUGUUUGCUUGGACCCAUGUGACCCUGUUGAUUGUGGUAACUCAGUCCCACCUUGUCAUUCAGAACCUGUUUGAAGGAAUGAUCUGGUUCAUUGUUCCUAUUUCCAUUGUGAUCUGCAAUGACAUCAUGGCGUAUCUGUUUGGAUUCUUCUUUGGGAGAACUCCUCUUAUCAAGCUCUCACCGAAGAAGACGUGGGAGGGCUUCAUUGGGGGUUUCUUCUCCACGGUGGUCUUUGGCUUCAUUCUCGCCUACCUCCUGUCGCAGUUCCAGUACUUUGUGUGUCCCGUGGAGUUCAACAGCGAGACCAACAGGUUCACAGUUGAGUGUGAGCCGUCCGAUUUGUUUGUCAUGCAGGAGUACACCCUUCCUGCUGCGCUGCAGAACACUUUGAGAUGGAAAACGGUGAACCUUUACCCCUUCCAGAUCCACAGCGUCUUCCUGUCAUCUUUCGCGUCCCUCAUCGGGCCCUUCGGUGGCUUCUUUGCCAGUGGCUUUAAGCGAGCCUUCAAAAUCAAAGACUUCGCCGACACCAUCCCGGGCCACGGAGGCAUCAUGGACCGCUUUGACUGUCAGUACCUGAUGGCCACAUUCACUCACGUCUAUAUCGCCAGCUUCGUCAGAGGUCCAAACCCCAGCAAGGUGCUUCAGCAGCUGUUGAUGCUUCAGCCUGAGCAGCAGCUCAGCAUGUUCCACACUCUGCGCUCCCACCUGAAGGAGAGGGGCCUGCUGCCCCCAGCUGCUGUCCAGGCUGAGUGAAAACCCCUCAGCCGUUCAGGAUGAUGACCGGAUGAGUGUGUGAGACGGUUCUGAUAGUUAGUAAUGAGCACGAGCGCGCGCACACACACAUGCACAUUGGACUGUACUGUGUAUUAUUCUUGCAUUCAUCAUCAGUCUUCUAGUGUUGCACCUGAGGUGACUUUAUGGAAAAAAACAAGCAAACAAAUACCAGAACAAAAACAAAGAAGGCGUCAUCAUUGGUUUGAUUCGGGCCGUCUUCAGCUACUACAUGCAAAAUGUCUCACUGAGCGAGGUGAACUUCGAAGCACAUUGCUUUUCUGACACCGGCAGAUUGUGGACGACUAACUUUGCACUGACUUUUAUUAUGUAAACUGUUGUGAGAAGCUUCCACCAGCAGAAAGUCUGGAGGACACAGACUGCUGAGACGUGUCUCUGAUGCAGCAGGACUGGCGAACAUCUUGUUCAGACUGGUUUACGGACUGUGCUCCACCUGACGGUUUUACACAGCAUUUUGACACAUGUAACAUGCAUGCAAGUCCUGCCUUAGGCUCCUGCUGAAUCAAACAGUUCAGUCACCAUUUCCUUAGCGUGAGAGCUUUUAGGUUUCUGACCAAACUGAGUUGCACAAUAUUGGUCGAAACAGGUUGACCGCAGGCAUGCAGACGCAGAACCUAGAACAUCAUCUGCACACUCGACACUUGAAGUAAUGUAUUGUACAGAAAUAUACCAAAAUAUUUAGCUGAACAAAUACCUAAUAUAUAUAUAUUUACUUAGAGAUUUGCUGUGGCAAUAGUAAAACAAAAAGAUUUUAAGCUGUGAGAAAUGAUAUGCAACUAAAGACAUAAGUUCCUUUAGCAUGAACAAAUUUAUCUUUAACAGGCAGCCAUGUAGAUUUAAGCAGAGGUACUUUAGAGAAGAUGUUGUGAGUAACGCUUUACUUUAAAAAAAGAAAGGAUUAAAAAGAUGAACGUUUUUUUUCGGUCCUGCAGUGGGAUAAGGAGAUCAGCGCUGCUCUUAUGUCUGUUUCUUAGCAGAGAGCUUUAAUCUAGAGGUGAGUAGUUUAGCUUAUCUGAGCAGAGACAAAACAAGAGGCACAGAAUAGAUGAACAGAGUCCUGUUAAAGUCUUAGUCUUCUUAGCAACACCUGUAACGCUCACACAGCGACGUGGUUUACGUUCUCUCCCAAAUUAACUGAGAAACCACUUCAAAACAUUUGUUGCUUCGUUUUUUAUUCACUUUCUGCAGAGCAUUUAAAUUUAAAUCAUAUAUAUAUAAAUAAAUGGAACAUGUAAUAAUUGUGUUCCGUAAGCAAAACUCAUAUAAAAUUAUUUCAAAUUUACUUUUAUUAUUUAAUGAUUUCUGAGCUAAAUUCUCUCAAGUCUUUGAGAAAUGAACCAUUUUUCAUUUUUUUCAAGACGACAGGCUGGAAACUGUGGGAGCUGACAGCGACCAUGCCUGCUCUAAAUAGUAAUCUGUGGUUUUCUGUAAAAAUUAAUUUUUUUAGCCUCUCAUUGCUGGUGCUGGGACAUAUUUAAAUGGAAAUUACAGAACAUUUUAUCUCUGGUUAGUAACUGUUCUUUAGGGGCUAAAACUACAGUGAAGUUUUCUCAUAAGAGUAAAAGAUUAAUUUCUAGGGAAUUCUGCAUGCAUUGUGUAGUUUCUGAGUGGUACUUGAAUGCACCAUCUCGGCACAUGUAUGCUGUAGAAGCUCAAUCAAGGGAUAAUACGUCUGAAACAUUUCAGUCCUAAAGGGCUACAGUGAAACAGAAGACUAAAAUCACAGAUUUGUAAACCAAUAUCACUUUAUAAGCUUCAAAAAAAGAAUCCCAUUACCAAGAGAGAUCCAUCUUAAUUCUCCCAAAAUCACAAAAAAACCAUUUAUCAUGAGAUAGCUUAUUUUUUUCUCUUGAUAAAGUGAUGAUUUCCUCGUCUAGUGGAAAACAUGUUGGGAGCGGCUGCUGUCGUGUCUGUGUCGUAAUUACUUCGACAGUCUGGCAGUCAUAUCUCUCUUUUAGAUUUCUAAGGUUUAGGGUUUACAUUUUAAGAGAUUUUAGGCUUUAUUUCUUCAUUUUAACCCUACGAUGCAAUUUUCAUGGUGUCCCAAGUGUCGCAAGUGAUUUAUUUUUCCCCAAACACAAACAUUUCAAAUAAAUUAAACGAAAUAUCUCAUUUGAAAUGUAACUUCUACUGAAAUGACAGAAGACCUAAGAACAGCAAAGUUUGACUUUAUCAUUUUUCUGGUCUACUCUGCUGUUUUAUUCCUCUGUUCAAAAUGUGGUGAUUCUUAUUUUUUAUGGGCUGCAGGAAAAAAGGAACAGAAACAUUUGUUAUUGUAAAAUACCAAAACACCUUUAUGUGUGAGCUUUACAGGAGUAACGUCAUGCUGGACUGAUGUAAUUAUUCCUUUAAUGAAAGCAUAGCGCUUCUUUUGUUUUCAGGUUUGGUUGCACUGUAGGGUGGAGGUGAAUUAUGGUGGUGGUGUGGUGGGUUCUUGCACAUCAAAUCAAAGUUUUAAGAGUACAUUAUGAAUGUGAAAUGAUACCAUAGGAGUGAACUACUCGUAGAGCUUAGGAACGGUUUGUUGUUUCUGUACAGUAAACGCAUCGCCGUAUUAACAUUUAUCUGUUAGUGUUUAAGAACUCUGGGAGGUUUUAUUAGGAAUAUUGUUUCCAUGUUUACCGUUUGGAACGAGCCAAACGAUGCGUUACAGAGCAUGUUACCGCGCUGCUGACAUUCUCAGACCGGAAAGGUUUAUUUAAUUUGUUCAUGCGGUUCUGAUUGAGUUUUCCUCUUGGCGCUACAUUUUACAGCAUGUCCUUCGUUUUAAUUGUGUGGGAGAAGUUGGUUAGAUUGUAGGGACAAGCUGUGAUCUUCUGCAUGCAUCAGUAAAACAAGCAUUCUGCUGCUGUAGCUGCUGCACCCAAACACUGAAGCAACCUGACUGAAAAUCUACGACACUAACAUCCAAACAAUGUUCGAGUCAUCUACACGGAGCCUGGAGUGUGCUUCUGGGAUAUUUAAAGGGAUAGUUCAGGAUUUUGGUACUGAUGUUUGGUGAGAAGCUACGGUGGGUGAAUCUUUUUUUUUCCUUCAGUAAAACCACAAUUAAAUCACCAUUCCACCUUAAAGAAAAACAUAUUUUUAUCAACUUGUUUUCAGUUUGUGUCAAGUACAACUGAAAUUUAGGACUAGAAGUACAUAUUUUACCUUAAAAGGUAAAUGGGACCAAAGAGGCAAAAAUUCACAGCCUUAAGUCAAUAUGCAGUCCUGUUAAACCAACACGCUGCUGUUUGUUUCCCCUAAACAAACCUAAACCAUAGGCGUGUCAGUUUUUUUUUUUUCCCCUUAAGUAUUUUAAUAAAUUAUGGAGAUAAAUUGUUAAAAAGACUUCAAUCUCAUGUUCAACUUAACUGUAUAUUAUUAUCCAAAAACUUUAUUUUGACAGAUUCUGAUCCCUGAUAAAACCAAAGUACCUCUAACCUUAACUCACCUCCAUAUAACCACAUUUCCUUAUAUUUUCCUUACAGUAGACUGACUAUAAUGAUAAAUAAAAAAAUCUUAAAUACUGAUGCAUAGUUGAUAUGAAAUGUCUUGUGGGAGACAGCUCAGUUUGGUACUGGUACAAUUAACCAAAACUGCAAAGGUACAAAUUUGUGAAUGGGCAACUGAUCGGAACCCAAAAAGCUGCAAAAUCAAAGGCAAAUAAAACUGAUGUGUGCAGAAGAAUGUAGACCAGCAGUUGACAGAUUUAACCUUAUGUAGGGCACAAAGAAAUCUGUUUUUAUUUUUUAAUUUCCCUGUUUUGAACAUCAAAUUUUUUUCUGAAUUCCUUGUUAACAAAGUAAACACAUUCUUUCACCUAAAGUAUGAAAUCAUAUGGCUACUGUAUAAAUGUCCAAUAGAGAAAAAAGCCACAUCUAAUCAGAUCCAUUUAUGUUUUUGUGAAGCUCUUAAAAAUCUGUCGGUUUUUUACACCAUCCCAGGUCCAAUCAGACAGACGGACAGCUGCAGCAGACAAUGUCUGUCACAGUUUAAAGGGUUGUUGGUGCACACCUUGAUUUGUUAGAUCACACCCCCUACAAUGCCCUGAAUAUAACAGUGGAUUCCAUUUUAUUUGGCAAAAUCUAAAAUACCGUUGUCGUUUUCCCCAAGGUGGAAAUCGUAGGACUUAAGCGCUUAGACAAAUUACAGUCUUUCUAUUCUGGCAGAUUGUCAGUAUUUUUAGGCCUACAUGACAGUGACGGUCAAGCAGAACUACAUGUAGACUAGAAAGCAAAAAGCUGCGGUGACCCAAACAUGCAGGUAAUGAUCAACGGCUCGGUUUAUGCUAGUGUGUUUAUUAUGUUCGUUUGGUUGCAGAGAUGCUUUAGGAUUGAAACAUUAAAUUAUUCUGAAGGAUAAUGCUGGAACAAAUAGAGCAAUACAAAAUAAUGUAAAGUAAAUACCGAUAUUGUGUUAAGGAGGAUGUGACGUAGUUUUUUUGUAAGGAGGUGAAUACAUUUUUUCUUUAAAAUGUCUUCUGCUUGUUGUGUUUUAUGACGUCAAAAAUGACAAUUCAAAAUAAACGAAGCUUAACAGUU